UUAUUUUUGUCACUUUGUUAUGGGAUCAGCUGAUAUGUUGUUUGCGGUGUUGACGAAGUGUUUGUGUGGCAUAACAAAUACGCAACACGGAAUGUGAUAAACCGCAGACGUAUCGAAACGUACUGGGAUACAAGUGAAUUGUGCUAGUUUUGCAUUAUGGCUGAGCCCGAUACAGCUAUUAGAGACAUUACUUCGAAAGAAAUAGUGAAAUCUAGAACUGGGCAUGGCGCGCAGAAAAGAACAUUUAAAAUUAUCGUAGUUGGAGACACAAACGUCGGUAAAACAUGCUUAACGUAUAGAUUCUGCGAAGGGAAGUUUCUGUGUAAGUCGGAGGCGACAAUAGGCGUUGAUUUUAGAGAAAGGACAGUGGACGUCAACGGAGAGGAGAUUAAAUUGCAGCUGUGGGACACAGCUGGACAAGAGCGCUUUCGUAAAUCUAUGGUUCAACAUUAUUAUCGAAAUGUUCAUGCUGUUGUUCUGGUGUAUGAUGUGACAAAAUUAGCAUCUUUUCAGUCAUUACCACACUGGAUUGAAGAAUGCAAUCGACAUAAUCUCACCAGUGACAUUCCUCGCAUUUUAGUGGGAAAUAAGUGUGACUGUAAAGAAGAACAAGUGGUAAAAACAAACACUGCACAGAAGUUUGCAGAUCAUCACAACAUGCCGCUCUUUGAAACUUCUGCCAGAGAUGAAAGUGAAUGUGAUAAUGUUGAAGCCAUAUUUCUAACUUUGGCACAUAAACUAAAAAAUCAUAAGCCAAUGAUGCCACCAAAUAAUGCACAAAACAAUGUGUCUCCUGAAGCAUUGCACCGAGCAGAUGUUAUCUCCAUCACACGAGAAUCAACACACACAUAUUCAUCUGCAAGUAGUGAUAGCUCUUGUUGGUGUUAAUCGUGCUCUGAAAUGGAUAGUUGUCGGAGAUGUUAUGCCUAAGAAAUUUGACAAAUCCUUGGAGAGAUUGUAUUUGAAUUGAAAGUUGAAUUGAAAUUUCUCUGUGCCAAGGUCUCUUCAUUGACUAUCAAUAAUAUACUGAGUUUCCUUUUUGCAAGUAGUGUGUAAUGUUCUGAAACUUGUGAUUCAUUGUUCAAUGAGAUUUUAAUUGUAGGCUAUAAUUAAACAGAAUAUGAAACAGUAAACAGAGAACCAAUUGUGUUCAUUUAUACAUAUUAAAUUUGUAGAAUACAUUUGUAAUUACCAUUAAUAUUAUUUUGUGAUUAUUAUUUCUUUGCAUCAGAAAUAUAUUUUAUGUAAUAGUUAUCCUCAAUUAUGGGUUUUAUAGUUUAUAUAUUAAUAUAUUGUAAUGAACUUUCUUGUGUAUUGAUAAAGUGUGAGUAAUGUACAGGUUGAAUUUUUGUAAUAACGCUGCCAUUUCUUAAGGGUUCUAAGUGAUCUAAUGUAUAGAUUUCAGAGUAGAUCUACAUUCGGUCUCUGAUGGUGAGGCUGUAUUAAGAAAUACUCUGUUGAGGAUGACUACGUAAAGCAUGAUUUAUUAAUUAAGUAUUUAAUUCUCAACUGUGAUAUUCAAAGACUGUCACGCAUUGUGAACUAAAUGUAUGAAAAAGUAAACGUAAAAUGAAAAGCAAUGAUUGACAAUGUGUAAACAGUUUUAAUAAGUGAAAAUGGCAAAAUUUACUGAUGCUCAUUGUUGCUUUUUUGGUGGAAAUAUUUACAUAUGCAAAACAGUGUGUUAAAAGCUACAUUCAGUUUAGAAUAAUGUCCAUAAUUUUAUAUUAUCUGCUUGAUGGGUGAAAAAAAUCCUGCAUUCAAAAUAUCAGCCAAUUUCUUCAAACAUCAGUAGUGAUAAAUUCAGGAAAUUCAUUGUUCAUUGUAAAUGAAUAUAUGCGCAGUUUACAAAGCACUGUAUAGUACAGUAUAACUGUGGGUUUGUAAUUUGUGACAACAAUUGUUCAAUUGAAAAAUUAUUUGUGAAACAUAUGAAUUCAUUCUUUUGGUUGAAAAGAGGGCUGUCAUUUCACAUUUCUGCUGUAAAUUAUUAGUCUGAAACAUUAUGUUAUUGUGUGAAAUGAAACAUCAAACAUGAGAAACAAAUCAUGUAACAUUCUGUUGUUCGAUAUUAAACCAAAUUAACACUUGCAUUAUCUAUAUCUAAGUACAGAAUAUAUUCUGCAAAUCACUGCACAGUGCAGGAAUAGAUUGCUUUUUUUU